CCACAGUCCGACUUAAUUAAGCUCUGACCCCUCUUCAUAUUGGAAAAAAAAAAAAAAGAAAAAAAAAAUUCUCCAGAGCAGCAUCUUUUAUUUGUGUUAAUUAAUUAUUAUAUUCGGACAUGGAGAAAUUGGAUAAAGGAAACGGAUCGGCAGCCUGUGGAUGCACCCCGAAUCGGUAGCGUAGACAUUACUUGCCUGUUUAUCUUUCUGGCGAAGAAGAUGGUUUCCGUUUAGAUCUCACCAAAACGUACAAUCAUUCUAAGCCUUCUUUGAUUCUCUAUUCAUAGCCAGAACGAUCUGCGGUUACCAGAAAGAAAGCAAUAAAAGUGAAAGAUGGCUUCAACGGAGGGUUUGGUGCCCAUAACAAGGACGUUCCUCGCUUCUUAUUACGACAAAUACCCAUUCGACCCUCUCUCCGACGACGUAUCUCGUCUUUCCUUUGAGAUUCGCUCUUUCGCCCAGGAUUUGCUCCAAGGCUUACCCCCGACUCAAGGUGAAAGCUUAUUAAUACAAGAAGCAGACAGUCAGCCUCCCCAUAAAAUUGAUGAGAACAUGUGGAAAAAUAGAGAACAUAUUGAAGAAAUUCUGUUUUUACUUGAAAGAUCUCACUGGCCACCACUGCUUCAGCAACCAUCAACAUCUGAGGUUGCUGAAUUUGCUACUAUUUGUGGGCGGCUCAAGGAUAAAUUUCAGAGGAUUUUGAGGAUAUUGGCGUCUUUCCAAUCAAGAAACUCAGAACGUGUAUUCAAUACAGUUAUGACCUACAUGCCUCAGGAUUUUCGAGGAACACUCAUCAAACAACAAAAGGAGAGAUCUGAGAGGAAUAAGCAAGCAGAGGUAGAUGCUCUGGUUAAUUCUGGCGGAAGCAUACAUGAUCGAUAUGCUUUGUUGUGGAAACAACAAAUGGAUCGGAGGAGACAGCUAGCACAGCUUGGUGCUGCAACAGGUGUCUAUAAAACCCUCGUAAAGUACUUAGUUGGAGUUCCGCAGGUAUUAUUGGAUUUUAUUCGGCAAAUAAAUGAUGAUGAUGGGCCCAUGGAAGAGCAACGGCAACGCUAUGGUCCCCCUUUGUAUAACCUUACAAAGACAGUGCUUAUUAUCCGACUUUUUCUUUCACUAGCGUGGCAGAGAUUUGAAGCUUUUAAACUAAAUAGGCAUCAGAUUUCAGUCCUGGAAGAAGCAGUUGAUGUCUACACCUCCGAGUUUGAGAGGUUCAUAAAUUUUAUAAGUGAGGUCUUUGCAAAUUCGCCAUUCUUUAUUUCAGCAGAGGAUGCCAGCAUGUUUGAGACGAGGAAAAGUGAUGAAUACAAUGAGAUAACUGUCCCAGCUGGGAAAAGUUACGAGGUUUCAUUGGCUGUUGAGUCAAUAAACUCGUAUAUUGCUUGGGAUUUCUCAUUGGUGCAGGGCAAGAUGAACAUGGAUAUUGGAUUUAGUGUGGAGUACACAAAUACCGUUGGUGAAAAAACACUAAUAUUACCUUACCGGCGUUAUGAGUCAGAUCAAGGCAACUUCAGCACAUGCAUGGCUGGAAACUACAAACUUAUCUGGGAUAAUUCGUAUUCAACAUUUUUUAAGAAGGCCCUUCGGUACAAAGUCGACUGUAUUCCUCCAGUCCUGGAUUCAGCUGAGUCAAAUGAAGUGGAAGGAUGAUGAUACCUUUGGAUGUAGCAUGUCUCAUAUUCUUAUCCUUGAUUUUCUCUCGUAUUCAUUUGUACUAUAAGUCCUGUCUUUUGGCGUUUUGAUUAUCCGAAGACUGCCUCAGCCAAGGCAUUGUCUCAUAAAAUAGAUCUAUGUUUGCACGUUACCGUGCAAUUAGUAGAAGUUUAUGAAUGAAAGAGUGCUAUCUCUUCACAAAACA